GUCCAAGUAUCUGCCACGCUUGGCUUUCUGGGUAGGGCGCCCAGGUCUGAUGGCCCUGCGCUAUGACUCGACCGACUGCGCCAAGAUCGGCCAUACCACGGUUUCGAUGAGUCGCAGUCUGCGGAAGACGUCGCCGUCGGCCUACAAGAUCCUACGCAACACCGUCGCCAAGUUGGAGCAGAUGAUAGGCAUGGGCCACCGGGUCAGGCUAAACGAAAAGGAGCUGGCGGCCAACGCUGUGAUCAUGGCAGUGAAGAAAGAAGAGAUAAAGAGAGGCCUGCUCGAUCCAUCCAAGUUCUCGCCGGGCCAGCACAUCUUCCAGACGCUGAACCACAUCCGCAAGUCACCGAUCUUCAACAUCCUCAAGAAAAUGCCCAAGGGAGGCGUGCUGCACGCCCAUGACACGGCCCUGUGCAGCACAGAGUUCCUCAUCGAGCUUACGUACCGCGAGAACCUGUGGAUCUGCACCACGGACAAGGGCUGCAAGGCGAUUGCCUUUCGCUUCGCUCUAGAAAAGCCCACCAUGAAGGCCAUAGAGGCCUGCAGCUGGGAGCCGAUGGAGGACUUUCGAAAACGGCACGGCGAGGAGAAUGUCCGACGAUACUUUCAGCAGCGCUUCAGUAUGUAUCCCUUAUCUAACUUCACGUCGAACAACCAGGCCUGGAGCCACUUCAUGGGCAUUUUCAUUCUCCUCGACGGUCUCCUUUGUUACGCCCCCGUUUGGGGCGACUAUUACUACAACGCCCUGAAGGAGUUCUACGAGGACGGGGUGCAGUAUCUCGAGUUGAGAUCCCUGCUGCCGCCGCUCUACUGCAUCGGCGGCGAGAUUUUGGAUAUCAGGGAUACGGUGGCCAUUUACGAGGCCGAGAUGGAACGUUUCAAGGCCUCGCAUCCGGACUUCAUUGGCUCCAAGCUGAUCUAUGCCCCUCUGCGAGGAGUCGAGCCCAAGGUAGUGGAGGAAUAUGUAAAAACUGCGGCGGCCCUGAAUAAAGAAUUUCCAGAUUUCAUGAUUGGCUUUGACCUGGUCGGCCAGGAGGAGCUGGGGCGACCGCUCAUCGAGUUUGUGGAGCCGCUGCUGAAGAUGCCCGAGCACAUCAACUUCUACUUCCACGCGGGCGAGACAAACUGGUUCGGAUCGCCCAUCGAUGAGAACCUGAUCGAUGCUAUCCUGCUGGGCACGAAGCGCAUUGGCCACGGCUACGCCAUCACCAAGCACACGCUCUCCAUGCAGCUGUGCCGCCUGCUCGACAUCGCCAUAGAGGUGUGCCCCGUCUCCAACCAGGUGCUGCAGCUGGGCGUCGACUAUCGGAACCAUCCGGCGGCCCUGAUGAUAGCCGCAAAUGUGCCCAUUGUCAUCUCCUCCGACGAUCCCUCGUUCUGGCGUGUUGCCCCACUGUCGCACGACUUCUACUUUGCCUUUCUGGGGAUAGCACCGAUGCAGGCGGAUCUGAGGUUCCUAAAGUGCCUAGCCCUCAACUCGAUCAGGUACAGCGCCUUGAAGGGAGAGGAGAAAGACGAGGCCUUCAGCAAGUGGCAGAAACUCUGGGACAAAUGGAUCGAUAAUGUGAUAUCGAACAAAUGAAUCAAAGUGAAUGAUUUUGUGACUAUUUGGUAAAAACUCGGAGUACGUUUCAUUAAAUUUCGCAUUUAUUUUA